UAAAAUGAGGGCUACGUUAAGGAUUCUAGUGCUCCAAGUGUACAUCUGUUGGGCUGGAGCUAUUGAAUACCAGUUUAUAGUGGACGAGGACGGCAUGUUGGCUCCAUGUGAAGAUCAACAUGGAAAUCCUUCCAAUAUCGAUGGCCUGUUGGACAUGUCCACCGUUAAGGUAACCAAAGCAGGAAACAAAAUUUUGAUAGAGGGCGAACACGCUGUCGUCUGGGAAGAUGUCCAGCCUGAGGACACAAUAAAGCUUUCUGGGCAAGUCUAUCGCCAGGAAAAGGGCACCUGGCAUAAAACAAUGUUCUCCGGCAGCAGCAAUAACUUUUGCCAUAACAUGUUUGAGAAGAAUCAAUAUUGGUUUAAGUUCUGGACUCAGUAUAUAAAGAAUUCCGAUGAGAUCAAGAACAAGUGUUUAAACACUCUGGGCGCCGUCUUAAAAUAUGAGCAAUUCGAAAUGGAUUUAAAGGGCAAUCUGAAUGCUCCGAAUCUAGAGGGGCGCUACAAGUUGGUUGUGCAGAUUGAGGCUUUUGAUAAGCGCAACGUGAAGCGCCCAGUGUCCAUUUGCACGGAACUCCGCGGCACCGCAUCAAAGGUCUAAUCGCGACAAUUAUAUAUGCAUGCUAAACA